AUGGUAGCUAAGAGUGCGAGUGCUGGGUCAGGAAACUAUUCUAUUCUACGGGCCAAGUCGAUAGGUUGGAAAUGCGGGGAUCCCCCGCCUCGUCCGGUCAAGCUGCUCCUCUCUCUGCCUUUGUACGGGGGAGAAGUACCCCUUACUCUACUCCGUAAUAUGAGGAGAAGUUUGCAGACGGAAAGGUGCAAUUCAGAAGUGAGAAAAUCCGCUCUUCCUGAUUUUUGGUUACCCCCGACUCUUGCAAGGAAGAGGGGUGAUCCCCAGUUUUGGAUCCUUUCCCCUGAAGCUGCAGGGCGAAUAGUGUUACUGAUCUGGGAAGUGGACGGAGUCUGGAUAGCGGCCACCUCUGCUUCUGAAAAUAUCCAUUGCCUCCUCAGAUCACGGGACUUCUUUGCUUGGGCCAAUUACUUGAUAUCUCGGAUCCACGAUACGUCAGGCUUACUCUGCCUUAUCGGGCCCGUCAAGGCUGUGAACAGGCCACGGAGCUUGAGCCCUGCGAAGAAAACUACACUGCCUUCGCUGUCCACUAACUCCAUUCCUCAGCAAAGCAAUCCGGUCGGUGCGGAGCCCACUCGGCGGGAAAGAGCUUGGGAACUUUGGUGCUUGGAGCCAUUAUUCAAUUCAUUGUAUCGUAUCGGUGGUUACUGGGGCUCCUUCCCCAGCCUCACUCUCUGUACGAGUAUGAAUGCAUUAAAACCAACCUCUGAUGUUGUAUCCCUACGGCUAAGGGAUACAAUAUCGGAUAGGGCGAGUCUGCAAUGCAUCCGAGGUAGGCGGUGUAAGCUAAACCCCGAAAACAGGCCCGGGAAGGGUGGUAGCUAUGGUUCCUUAGCGCGAAGUGCUGAGGAAGACCUCUCCGAAUGCUGCUAUACCGCCCCUCCCUUUCUUCAGUGGACGAAUCAAACUCCGGUAGCCGCUGUUGCUCGAGUCAUACGUAGAAUAUCAAUGACAAUAUCUGAACAAUACAGAAUGAACUCCUCUGGAAAGUGCCAUGCAUUGUCAAAGAAAUAA